AAUUCUGACUGAUAUCUCAGGCUUCGGGAAGCAUCAUCGGGGCCCGCGGUGAAGAGACCGUGCUUGUGAUCAGAGAUCGUAUACGGGGACGUGAGGGGGGGAAGAGGGCGGUCAUUCGAGAACUUGAGCAAUGCCUAAAUGACUCCCGAACCGCAUAUUCGGAUUUGGAAAGAGAGCUUCGGAACAUAAAGCGUGAAAAGAAGGACCGCAUUCGAGAACUCGAGCACCACCUGAAUGACUCCGAGACCACAAUUUCAGGUUUAGAAAAAGACCUCCAGAACGGAAAACGCGAAGCUUCCGCUCUCCAAAAUAGACAUCUGGAGACAGUCGGUCGGCUCAAGGAAGCCGAAUCCACCGGAAAAAAACACCGCACAGACCUAAGCGACCUCUUUACACGCUAUAACAAGCUCAAGGUGGAGAGCAAGGACCUUCAUAUGAAGUAUGAGAAAACUGCUAUGACGAACAGGGACCAGGAGGGAAAGAUAAAAAUCUUGACAAAUGACAAUCUCAAGAUCGCCGCCGAAUUGGAGACACGAGUCGCGCAACUCAAUAAAUUUACGGGGGAUAUCGCGCGCCAAAACCAGCGCGUCGGCACUUUGGCAAUCCGAGACGAUGAAUAUUUUGCGAGAGAGUUCGCAGAUCUUGCAACUGAUAUACGCGGUUGGUCAUUUGCACACUUCUUCACCCACUCCAGGACCUUUGUUCCUAAAGCAGUGGACGGAUAUCUCCAGGAUGCCAUUAGACAGAUCGCAGUCGGGACCAGUCUUCCCGAAAUCUUCACAAGUCGCGCAACAACCCGCCGAGUGAUUGCUGGACUACUCGCUGAUCAACUAAGAAGGGAGCUCUUCGACCCUUUGCUCUUGGGUUUAUUGCCCAAGGAGUUUCUCGUCUUCGAAAGUUUUGUCGAAAAAACUGGUAAGUAAAUCUAUCCCAUCACACGACGCCUGAAGUUCUGACUUGGAGAAAGGUAUACAAAAGAGUGCGUGGCUAUCGCAAACCAUAAGUUUAUUCAUCAAGAGGGAAGAAUUCGAAGGGGUUUUAGAUUAUAAAGUUCGUAUUUUGUCCGAGAGUCUCCAUAAAAUGCUAGGAGGGCUAGUAGCACAAGAGUCGGACGGAUCCAAGGUUUCCAAACGCGGUCAAAAGUUACAGACCAUAGUCCAACGGGCGGCCAAUCUAGCUAUAGAAGUUUCGCAACAAUCCCACUGGUUCCGUUUUUAUACACCCUCUCCUGGAGCCCAGUUUAAUCCGCAAUGUAUGGAAGAUGUUGGGGGAGAGGUAUUGCUCGAGGGGGACGAUCCAGAGGCCUUCGAGGACAAUCGCAGAGUUUCCUUAUCGGUUUUUCCUUGUGUCUACCGUCAGGACCGUAUUGAGGGUGAAAACAAACCUCAACCCAUUACAAUUAACUGGGCUUGGGUAACAAUCGAGAAGGAGGAUAGUCGCGCGGUUGUGGAGCAAGAGAAGGGUGAUGAGAAGGGUAAUAUAACCAACGAAGAGGCUAACCGGGGUGCGGAAUGCGCGGAAUGCGCGGAGGAAUCUCCUAGCGGGGAAGGUGGAGAUGCAGGAGAGCUGGCUACUCGGGGAGGGAGCGAGAACUCUCCACACUCGGGUACUUCGGCCGCCGAAGUUGUAUCGCCGGUAUCGGCCUCCCGGGAAGCGCAUGAAGGGGUGAACUAAGAGGCUGAAUUAAGAACUACUCGUGAAGAAGUGGGGGGAGUUUCUAGGGAUUGAUUGGAUCACUCUAGUGAUGCAUUCUAUUUUCUUCACAUCUUUUGUAGCCAUUAAGUUGCUUCGGGGUAAAAUCUACCAACGUUAUUCUAGGCGAAUUAUCAAUUGAUCAACUCCUAG